GAUUAGAGCUCGAUGCCUUCUUUCGAGAAAAUCAAAUUGCAUUAGAAGUGCAAGGAAAACAGCAUCGGUAUUACCACACUAGCUGGUAUAAGGAUGUCAAAAACUCGAAGACAUUGUUAAUCGUAAUCGGCAAAAAAGAUCCAUAUGCUAGGAUAAUGGAAUCUUCUUCCUUGAAGUAUG